AUUUUCACUUUCUUUUCUAACCAUCGUUUUUUCCUUCUGUGGUAGUUCGCAGAGGAGCAGCAUCAGUCUCCCCCUCUCUCUCCACCUCCUUCCCACCCAUGUGACCCAGCGCUCCCAGCACCAAGAGAAGCUCCUCAAUGCCCAGGAGACCUUGAUUCGCUUCCCACCCAGCUCCACGGUGAGAAGAAGCGUUUCUCAACCUGCAGCUGCUCCGACCAUGGGCAGGAGCGCCGGGCAGUACAUCUUGCUGACCUUCGCCUGCGCGUUUUCUUCUUGCUGUGCUGAAGUGACACAAGGGGUCAAAAUGUCUGCACAAACCACAUCCUUCCACCAUGCAGCUACUUCUGCUCAGCCACCUUCCCUUUAUCAUUCUUCACCCCACAGAGGCACCACAUUUCAUUUUAACUGCACAAGCUCUCUUAAAACGACCCCCAUAAGCCACAGAACGACUGUGCAGACAACAGGCCAGUCCCUGGUCACAGCACCGACCCCUCACACAACAGCCCGGGAAGGAGCAACCACCACACAAGCAGCCAGCCAGCCAACUCCAACGGUAAUAACCACGACAGCAGCAGAGAACGCAACGGCAGCUGGUGACUCUACAACCCAUGCAAGCGAGACAGAUACACCUGCAGUGGAGAACACAACCGUACACCUUACACCCCCAACCAGCCAAACCAUGACAAAUGCAAGCGUAGCAACUACAGCAGCAGCUGCAAACACAACCGGACAGCCUGCACAGCCAAACAACCAAACGACAACCACUGCCGUAACUACUACAGCCACCAACAAGACUACGGUAAAGCCGACCACCAGGUCAGCUAAUCAAACGACAGCUCCUAAAACUCCAACAACCACAGCGAUGACAAACACGACAACUGUUCAUCCAAGGAAUCGAACAACCGUCCCGUCUACCACGACGACGGUGAGACCCACUCUCGCACCUCAGCCUUCUCACAUCCCCACUGGCACGUACGCUGUUCGCAACGGAAGCGUGACCUGCAUCAGAGCAGUGAUGGGUUUGCAACUGAUGGCUCAAAAUACCCAGAAGAAGCAGAUGGAGUACGCAAGCAUCAAUCCCAACAUGACACAAACAUCUGGAAGCUGUGGGACACUGCAGUCGGCUCUGAACAUAACUUUCAAUGGAGGGUUUAUAAACUUUGUCUUUGUAAAGAAAGCACGAACAUACUAUGUCAGUACAAUUGAGGCCAGUUUACAGUUAUCUUCUGAAGGUAUGCUCUACUAUGCAGCCAUACAUGAGCAGCUGUUUACAACAAAGCUGGGGAAUUCCUUUAAAUGUGCCAGCAAGCAAAUCUUCGCCUUGGAGAAGAGCUUCCAGCUACUCACUGUUAAUAUGCAGCUGCAGGCCUUUGAUAUUGUUGGUAACCAGUUUGGAAAAGAGGAAGAAUGCUUUCUUGAUAGAAACAGCAAAGCAGUUCCCAUCGCAGUAGGCUUGAGUAUCUUGGGAUUAUUUGUCAUUGUGCUUGUCACAUUUGUGAUUUCCAGAAGAAAGCCGCAUACAGGAUAUGAACGCAUCUGAGUUGCCUUUGUACUUCUACAUGUGCGUAGCAAGUAAAAUUGCAAGAAUUUUUGCCUCUACCUAACAAUCUCACUGCCUUGAAGCCAUUUUUUUAAAUGGGAUGAUACCAUGUGUUUAAAGCUAAUGCAUAUUUCUGGAAGUGAUUUCUUUAAGGUGGGAAGGAGAGGACUUUUGCACCAUCUACCUUAGGCUAUACUUAACUUCUAAUUUAGAUGUAGUUCAGAAGACCAAGGUUAGGAGCCUAAAUUCCUCAUAUUACCAAUAAAGGGGGCAAUUCAGACUACCUAAGUUAGAUGCCUAAAAUUAGUUCAAAGCAGAUACCGUGUCUAUCCCCCAUAAAAUUCAUCAGUUUUCUUAAAGAUGGUAUACAGACUUAUUAAAAUAGAUGAGUCCAGUAAUUUGACUUUCAAGUGAAUAAAUCAGAGGUCUACAGCUGCAGACAACCCUGUUAAAUCAGAGCUCAGUGGUAGCCUUGUGGGAGCACUGUGUAUGCUAAAGUCUCAGGACAAGUACGAGUAUGGUUUCCAUUCAUAAGAAAGUUAUCGCCAGUCCUGUAAAUACCAAGGUUAAGUUUAGUAAGUUGUUGUUAUUUCCUACUAAGGCCAUUGGAGGGACACAAUGGUGAUAUAUGACUCUCACUCCAGAGGCAGUAUUUUUAGAAAAUUUUCUAGUUUCCAUUGACUCUGUAUCCAAAUGGGAUAUGAUGACCCAACCGGGGUCAUAUGGGGUCUGUGCCAAAGUUACCAUCCAUUGUUGUUUGUCUCAGUCCCGCUGCAAAGAUGUCUGAACUUCUUGCCAGUAAUUCUUGAACUGCAGCCUCUUAAAUUGCACGAGAGCAAUCUGACAUUGGUAAGAGUUCAUCUGGAAGUGUCAUGCUGUAAACUGCAUAAUUCAGGCACUGACUGACAGGCAGCUCAGAUGUUUGUGCAGCAGAACCAGGCAGGCGUCUGGAGGCAGUAACUCCAUCUGCCUUAGCAAGCCCAGCCAUCCCCACUCGUCAAUCAGAGCACAGCAUCUUUUUGCCACGUUUGCCACACAAUGAGGAGAAAGGUAUCAUGAGGGUCCAAAUGCACUGCAACACAUGGGCUGGUGUUAAACAUGAUAGUGGGAUAGAUGGAGACUGGGGUGAAUUUGCUUGAUUAAUUCAAGGAGCUUAAUAUUUAGUGGUCUUGCAAGAAUUCAUCCACUUCCUAUUCAGACUCCGACCUGUUACAGUGACUGCCACUGAACUCAACAUCUGUCACUCUACCAAAAUGACAGUACUGUGAUCUCUCCUAAUCUGGGAAGAUACCACAGUUACUGAAAAUGCCUGGGAUUAAGUGGCCACCACUGCUGCAGACCUGCAUAAGGUCCUUGAGCAAAUGGGGAUCCACUAAAGCUAUAUGUUCAAGGCUUCUGUGGGAAUUAAGAGCUUGCACAGGCCUUGGACAAAUUCCCUACCCAAAAGAGAGCUCUAUCCAGUGUGUUUAUAACUGAGCAGCUAGAUUUUUCAUAUGGAAAUAAUUUGGAGUUGCUUUAAAGCACACUGAUUGUAACACUCUGUAGUCUGUUUCCUGCUAAAGAAAUGAUGAAGGCAUAUAAGUAGUAAUUGCUUUUUACAUUAAGUUCAGCUAAUGUUCUCUGUUACAACAAGGAAAAUCUUCUUGCUACAAAAAAUUUGCAAAGCUAAGCAUAUGCACAAACGUGCACAUAAACACACACACGUGCGCACACACACACACGAAUAGCAAAGUACAUGAAAAAGGUAAGAAAUUAAAUAUAAAGACAUUUACGAACGAGAAAAUAAGAUUAAAUAAGAGCAUGCUUCCCUCCUAGGAGUUAGGGCAAUGGCUUAAAUUCUACCAAUAAAAGUUUUUCCUGGAAAAGGACUGUGGAACAGCACCCAACCAUUAAACAAAAAAAAAAAGAAGUAUUUUGCAAAUAUUCCUUGUUUUCAGUUUAGUCUGGAAAUAAAAGCUGGAAGAUAAUUCAUUUCCAUGAAGUAACAGCACAAACCUGGAGCAAUUAGGAAUGCCUAUGGAAUCACCCUGGAUUUUCACUGGGUAAAACUGAUGUCCAUAUUUUGCCAGUUUAAUUUGUCUUAAGUAUUUUUAAAGGUAGUUUUGAUAUUUUACUAGUAUUUAACCAUUUAGAGUUUACUUAUUUAAAUCAACAAAGAAAACAAAUCCUUUUAUUCCAUGAAUUAUUAGAAGAUUCUGGUCUGUGUCAAGCAGGAAAUAUGAUGGUCAUGCUGUCUCAUAAUGGCUGUAAGAUAUAGCUGUGGAAGUAAUUAACAUUUUCCAGAAAUGGUCCCUUUAAGUCUGAAUGAACCCAUAAAUAAGAAAGAUAAAGACAAUUUUGACUUUUGCACUUGGAAAAACAUAAGACAGAACUCAAAACAGCUGUUAGCAAGAGAGGCAGUUGGAUAUGCUUGUAAGGUAAAGUAGCAUGAGAGACAACCAACUUUUCAAACUCCUAAUACAGAUGAAGUAAUUUGAAUGUUCCAACAUUUCAAUGAUUAUUUUGUAAAAGGCUCCAACAGUGUUAACUUUACUGAACUUUAUCCAGUUUAUUUUCACUCUUCUUCCUUUCCCCCCAAUAAUGGGCAAAUAGCCCGCUGACUGUACUUAAUCGCCUCACUCUAGUUCUCAGAGUGAUUUUCCUGUUACAGUUCAUCUGAUGUGAAAACCACGUGGUUACCAGGAGAUCUGGAUGUUGGAAACAAGUUUCUAUCUGCAAGAACAGCGGUUCAGAAAAAAAUUGGGGAGUUUUGAGCUUGCUGCUUGCGUCCUUUUAAUGAAGCCUUAGUGCAGAGUAAAAUGUCAGUUUCUGUCGGAUGAAGAAGUGAAGCUUUGGGUCGUUUUUGAGUUACAUGUUCAUAAAAAGAAGUGGAACAGCUUUAGUACUAUUCAUCUGUUGAUAACAAAGAAGAUUCUUAGGCUCUAUUAAAGCAUUCACCUUUUUUUAACAAUAUAAUAGAUAAGGUGUACAGUAGGAAAUAUAUGGAAGAGCUUCCAUUAAAAAUGAGCCUAUGCAUGCAAUCCUAAUAAAUGUACAUAAUACUAAUACAGUAACAUUAGUUACUGUCUGAAACUGCUACAUGUGGGCACAUUAAUAGCAAACUUUUUGUAUUGCCUAAAAGGCUCAGAACAGCACAUGAUCUGACCCUAAGCCUUCCUGACUAGGCAUCAAUAGACAUCUUUCUCUUUCACAACUAAGUCCUGUUUCACAUGUUCAUUGGAUUAUUAAGUUGCAUGAUAUGUACAGUUUGCUACUUUUAUUGAAUACAAAUAUAGCAUUUUCCUGAUACGUUCCCUACUGAAAAAACUCUUUAAUAUUCAGCCUUUUAAUAUUUGAUAUCAAGCUGAGGAGAGAAAGCUGUUCUUAAUGACUGAUAAUACUGUGUUUAAUCACAUGACACCCUCUGGCAUUUUUAUAGAUGAUGUAAAGUUAAUGUAUUUUUUCACUUUUUUCUCACUGGGAUGAAUCAAACUGUUGGUACUGAAUAAUGUUUAAAUUCAGGCUUAUCUGUUUUGUUCUUGUGCUUUUUGUUGCUGUUACUUGUUUGCCAUUUUUCUGAAGCUGUAUAUAACCCUUUCUACAUGAAUAAUACUCUGGAUUUGCACCAAAUGGCACAGCUGAAGUGCACAUGGCAUAAACUGAUGGGACAGUUGUGAGCUCCCAUACAGUGACACCACCAUGAAGCAAAAUGAAUCUAGUGGAAUUAAUGUAUUACACUAGUAGAGGAUCCAUUAGAGAUUUCCUUACUGCAUCAGGAGAUCCUGGCCCUUUAUGUGCAACUAUUCUCUCACCUGCAGCAAGAGCCUGCCUGCCUCCACCUCCUUACCUGAACACAAAAUGCACAAGUAGCCUGCAGCAGCAAUGCAUGCUGGCGUGCCUGCACAGCAGGAAGCAUUGCCUCUGAGGGCAAUGGUGAGUCAGAAUGAGGCAGCCCAGUUGCUCCCUGAGUUGUUGCAUGCAUCUUUUUAAGCAGAGGCCUACUUUCUGCCAGAUUUUAGGGUUGGCACUUUUUUAUCUGAUACAGUUCCCCUGAGGUCCUCCUUUCAGUGGGAAGACUUGAUAAGCGUAACAAGUCUUGUUUGCUAGACUUUCCUUAUUAAUUAUCUUAUGUGAGCAAUCAUUUUGCAAUCAUUUGAGCAAAAAGUCCCUAAAGGAGCACCAUGAAAAGAAGAGGCUCUAGUGACAAACUGCUUGUGUGCUAGGUGGGCCAUGGUAGUUUUACUGUGGCCAGCAGUGCACAGUUUCUCUGCUUUCUGUUGAUAGGGAUGCAAAUGAGAACGGUACUAUCUAAACCUGGCAGAUUCUUUCCCUUCCAUGGUUGGUCUUUGGUUUAGUCAGACCCUUGGGCCCUUGUUCAGCAACUUGACCAUCCUGACCCACAAAGCUGCAUGCCAGAAGUCUUCACAUGGCCAUCGCGAGCCCAUAUACCCCAGAGAGCUGAGGGAAGAGCAGUCUGCUGUGGGAAGGCUUGAGGUUGCAGCUGGAUCCCACAGUGACCGGCAAUGUUGGUCUCGGCAGCCCCAGCUCACUUUUUCCCACAGCGGUGAACUCAGAUUGCCCUAUCCCGGAACCAGAAGAUACUGAUAAUGGUGACAUAAUGCAGCCCAUCGUGGGAGCAAGGCUUGAUUCGCCCCCAAGCCCAUGCUGUGCAGCGUACAGGGAGGCCAGUUUGAGAAACUAGAGGAGGUGGGCACAUCCCUAGCUCCCUGCUGCAGCUCUUACCCCAAACCAUUCAGUAAGGUCUACUGCACACAUAAGGUACAGAAAAGGGCAUCUCAAGAGUAUAACAAUGUCACACUUAUCCUGUUAGCCAAAUAGCCAAGUUUAUAAAGAAAAAAUUUAAUUUAUUUCAGGCCGUUGUUGCUCUCAGAUGGAAAAAGUCCAAAUUAAAAACCCACUGUUAAACUCUGGGUGGAAGAGGAAGGGAGAUUUAGAUCAGCUCCUUGACUAUGCAAGUUUGUUUGAUCUCUUUACUUCUAGCUUGCUAUAAUAUACGGUCAUGAAAGAAGACUUUGUUAUAAACAGUAAGAUAUGCUCUUUAUUUUUCUAUUAUUGGUGUUUCUAUAAUAAAGAAUGUAUUUAGUCAUUAAAGUAUGCAUUGC